UAUGCUAACUAAUUUAACUGGUCAUUGUUCCCCUUGCCACGAAACGUGCCUACGUUGUACCGGAAGUACGGAAUUUGACUGUACUGAAUGUAAAAAUGGUUGGAUUUUACGUAAUAAUAGUUUCUGUGUUCGGCAAGUUGCCUCCUCAGAUCAGAAAAAUUCUGAUGACCUUCCACGCGAAGGACAAAGUACGAAAUUGAUGACUUUGGCCCUCUCUCUAGGAGGCUUUUCUAUGCUCUCUUUAGCUAUUUUCUUAAUUAUUGUCAUGAUACAAAGAAACGAAAAAUAUCGAGAAAAGUACGCAGAUUACGAUUCAGAUUUGGGUAAUCCACUUCUGGGUAAUGGCGUACUGGAAAAUAACGAUUUAUCCUACUACGAAGACACUAUAAAAUCUGCAUCACCUGAAGGGACUUCUCUGUGA